AGUGCAGCCCGCAGGUGGUGCAAACGCCCCAGCUCUCCGGCGUCCCCUGCUGGCGAGAGGGAAGGCGGCCGCGGCCGCGGAGCCUCUGGGCACAGCUCUGGGAGAAGAAGCUGAGAAGAAGCGGCGAGCUUCCCCGAUGGUGCCACCGCCUCCUCCGUGCCGGGGAGGAGCAGCCAAGGGGCAGCUGGGCAAGAGCCUGGGGCCGCUGCUGUUACUCCUGGCACUGGGACACACGUGGACCUACCGAGAGGAGCCAGAGGACCGCGACAGAGAAGUGUGCUCGGAAAACAAGAUCACCACGACCAAAUAUCCGUGUUUGAAGUCUUCUGGCGAGCUCACCACGUGCUUCAGGAAAAAAUGCUGCAAAGGUUAUAAAUUUGUUCUCGGACAAUGUAUUCCAGAAGAUUAUGACAUUUGUGCUCAAGCUCCCUGUGAACAGCAGUGCACAGAUAACUUUGGCCGAGUGCUGUGCACUUGUUACCCAGGAUACCGAUAUGACCGCGAGAGACACCAAAAGCGGGAGAAGCCAUACUGCUUGGAUAUUGACGAAUGUGCUAGCAGCAACACCACUCUGUGCGCACACAUCUGUGUCAACACCAUGGGCAGCUACCACUGUGAGUGCCGGGAGGGCUACAUCCUUGAGGAUGAUGGGAGGACCUGCACCAGGGGAGACAAAUACCCCAACGACACUGGACACGAGAAGGCUGAGAAUGAGGUGACAGCUGGGACUUGCUGUGCCACAUGCAAGGAGUUCUCCCAGAUGAAGCAGACCGUGCUGCAGCUGAAGCAGAAGAUUGCUUUGCUUCCCAACAAUGCUGCUGAACUGGGCAAGUAUGUCAAUGGUGACAAAAUUCUAGCUUCAAACACCUACCUUCCAGGACCUCCUGGCCUGCCUGGGGGGCAGGGCCCACCUGGCUCACCAGGACCCAAGGGGAGUCCUGGAUUCCCUGGUAUGCCAGGCCCUCCUGGACAGCCUGGCCCACGGGGCUCAAUGGGACCUAUGGGACCAUCCCCUGACCUGUCUCAUAUCAAGCAAGGCCGGAGAGGCCCUGUGGGCCCACCAGGAGCACCAGGAAGGCAUGGCUCCAAGGGGGAGAGAGGAGCACCUGGACCCCCAGGGUCUCCGGGACCCCCGGGCUCUUUCGACUUCCUGCUGCUCGUGCUGGCUGACAUUCGAAAUGACAUUGCGGAACUUCAGGAGAAGGUGUUUGGGCACCGGACUCACUCUUCAGCAGAGGAUGUCCCCCUACCUCAGGAAUUUUCCAGCUACCCAGAGACUCUGGACUUUGGAUCUGGGGAUGAUUACUCCAGAAGAACUGAAGCGAGAGACUCUGAGGCCCCCAGAACCUUUUAUCCGUAGCAUAUCCCAUGUCUUCAUGCCACCAGAAGAGACGCUUCACCCAGCCAUAGCAUCUGAAGGGGAAAAUAUACCACUGGAGGACUAAGGCCUUUGUCUGUACUGUCUUCCUGUCCACUCUACUCUGCUUCCAAAUCCUGUUUUCCAAGUGUCCUGCACAUCCCACUCACUAGCAACAAGAGAACUUGAUGGGUUAACUUGCUGUUCUUGAAGAGCCACUGGGUAGUUGUCAUCAUGAUUUCCUUGACAUCCUACUUUUUCAGGAACUUUUGAAUUUUCAAGUGAAUCGCUCCCACAGAAUCUUAAACUUUGAGAGAAUGCCAAAAGGGAGGAGUGACAAAGUGGGCUCUC